AUGUCUCCAAUUCCAACCGCCCUCAUCACAGCAGGCAGCGCAGGCCUCGGCGCCGCGACAGCCAAACUCUUCGCCCGCAACGGCUACAGCGUCGUCAUAAACUACGCGAACAACAGCGACCGCGCGGAUGCCCUGGUCAAGGAACUCGAGUCCCUCUCGUCCACCUCCCCUUCUUCCACGGAAGGAGGCCAAAGGCAGCACUUCCACGCCAUCAAAGCAGACCUCUCCUCCCGCGCCGAAACCUCCGCCCUCGUCAAGAGCGCGGCCGACGCCCUCGGCGGCCGCCUCGACGUCCUCUUCUCCAACGGCGGCUGGACGAGGCUCCGCAACAUCGCGGACCUCGACGACAACGUCGACGAGGACGACUGGGACCGCUGCUUCAACAUGAAUGUGAAGUCGCACCUGUUCCUCAUGCACGCCGCGCGGCCGUACCUCGACGAGGCGGAGGGCGCGUUCGUCACGACGGCGUCGCUGGCCGGUGUCAAAGUCAGCGGGAGUUCACUGGUAAAACAUUCUUUCUUUGCAAUCUCAUUUCUCUCCAUCUUUCUCCUGGUCCUCGCCAUCUCUGCUGCCCAAUAUCGAAUGGGCGCAGCCUACGCCGUGACGAAAGCAGCCCAGAUCCACCUCGUAAAAGGCCUCGCCUUAGCAGCGGGCCCGAGAAUAAGAGUAAACAGCGUCUCUCCGGGCCUCAUGUUGACGGAAUGGGGCCUACAGUUCCCGCAAGAGAAACAACAGGCCGCCCGGGACAGGACGCCGCUCAAGCGCCUCGCCACGGUCGACGACGUGGCCGACCAGGUGCUGUGCUUCGCCAGGAGCAGGAGCGUCACCGGCGCUAACGCCGUCAUUGACGGGGGGCUCAGUAUUUGA